AUGCCUUACCAUGAUGAGGAGUACCCAGGUCAGCCUCUCUGGCAGUCUGUGCUGCUCUUCUGCUGUAAGGGUAUGAUCGAGGGCAUCAUGGUCAUACUCUUCUUCUGGCUUCUGGUGCAGGUUCUCUUUACCAAACAACUAGAAGUUCACCUCCAAAUUCUUCUUUUGGUUGGACUGAUCAUCUUUUGUCUCUGUUUGAUCCUGGGAUGUAUUCUGUGCUGGAGGAAAAGUCAGAUUUGUCCAGUGAAAGAUAAAAAUCCUGUGACCGCAGCACCGGCUCCUGCUGAACCUGUGACCUUUGCCCAGAACCCACCUCCCUCGGCAGUGACAACAGCAUCCAGGCAUCAAUACGAAGAGCUGGAUGAAGAUAUGAUGGAAUAUCCUUCCACAUUCACUAGCCCUGCGCCUUCAGAGGGUGAAUUUACCUCUCUGCCAUUUCCUAAUCGAGCUCAAGCUGCCUCUGAACGGAAGGAGCAGCCAAAGCCUUAUUUUUCCUUGCGCCGUCUCAGCACACCACCGCUAACGUCACCCCUUUAUAAACCCAUAGAUCCCAGCCAUGCUUCCCUGCCUACAUUUCCCAAACUGGGACUAUUUUCCAAAACAUGUAAGGCUCUGCAGAGGCGCUGCAGCGUCACUGGGCAUAGUAUAUCUUAUAGUGAACACAGCCGGCUCACCAGCCCCAGUGGUGUCUCUACUUCUAUGCCUGAAGAACCAAUACCACUAGCUACACAGAGCUAUGGCUCCAGUGCCAGCUGCAAACAGCCAAUAUCACCAAAGCCCUGCCUCCAUUUCACUAUGGCCUUCUCUCCAGAGCAGCAAACCCUGGCAGUCACUGUCCUCAGCCUCAGUGGGACACCUCACAGACUGGAGGACGUGACUGUGCUGGGCAGCCUGCCGCCUCUGUACCCCUCUCCUAUACAAGCCUCCUUCCAGAGCCGCCUCAGCACUGAGCCACACAGCCUGUCGCUGCUUUUGAAGGUGAGCUCUGAGAAUGAGCUCCAGAGGUGUACUCUCAGAACAGCUGUAUACACUCGGGAACCACACAGCCUGGGAGGCACCGCACUGGGUGAACUGGAGGCUGAAUGUGGAGGAAAAGACUGGAGAGCAGAGCAUCCGUUUCACUUCAGGAAAGAACUUAACCCAAACAUGUGGAAACUAAAAAAGAGUUUGAUCUCCCAGGAUGCACCAGUGUGUAAGGGGCUUAGCUGUCCUCCACAGAUCUUCAUUUUGCUUCAGUAUCAGACUCUGGCCCACCGCAUCAAAACCACGGUCCUUAGAGCAGAUAACCUCGACAAACUCAUUCAAACGUCUGCAGCGACAGAAUACCAGGUGGUGAUCAAUCUGCAUCAUGAGGGAACUGUGAUCAGCAGCAGGGAAACUAAAGGAGGCCCCUGUACUGUGUGGAAUACUUCAUUCCUGUUUGACCUUCCUCAUGGAGACAUCGGUGAGCUGCCCCUCGUGCUCGAGUUCAUAAUCACGCAGAGUCAGGUCCAUUCAGAUGGUAAAGUUCUUGGUCGAGUCCUCAUCGGUGCAGAGGCUGCAGAUGCAGGCCGUGCUCAUUGGAGGGACAUGUGUAGCUUGCCGGUGGAGCAGGCACGCUGGCACAAUGUCCAACCAGAACCACUGUAGAGCUUUGACACACAUGUGCUUGAAAACUUUUUUGUGAUCAGUGGAACCUAACACACUGUGUGAACUUGACAUGAAGUGGUCACAGCUGAUGUUGACUGUGUUUACUGACACUACAGUUCUAAUGGAUGGAUUUCUGAGCACCAAUCAAUAAAAUCUUUAAAAAUGGCCUUAUUUCAAUGAAUCAACCUGUGAAUUCUGCUAUGGGACAGUACUGUAAGUGCACAAAGUGACUUGUGGAACAACACAAUGUAAGUUCAGAGUUUGUAGGCUUAUAAUACAAUUAUGUAUUUGUAAAAUGUUACCUAGAACAGGCUGUUAUAUCAGUAAACACAGGAAAAACAUAUAGAUAAUUGAACCUAGAAAUACGGAUACUCUAGUGUUCACUUCCUGUGACUAAAAUACACUUUAACAUUUAUUUGAUGUGUGAGUAACAUGACACACACAAAUGUACUUUAAAGACUCUCAUGUAUAGUAUAUUUGUAAUUUAACAGUUCUUUUGAGACACAUUUGAGAUAUCUUGCUGGCUGUAGGAUUUUCUGAAUGUAU